ACAAAGAUGCAAUGAGGAAGAACAACACGACGUCGUCAUCUCUUUUCCCUAAAGUUUCCUUCCCCCUUCAAGCUGAAAAUCUUACUACACUCGGCUGAACUUCAGAAGCUAAGUUUACUCGGGAUAAAGUUAAAUCAAGAACCUGCCUUUUCUGCUUCUUUCAGAUCGCCAGGUGCUAAACUCAGAACCUUUCAGCUGGAGUAGAAAAGGGAAUGAAGAAAUGGGCUGGAAUCCUGCUGAUUCUAGGCCUUGCUGUUAUUUUGUUGAUUCGGUAUGGUUUGAUGGAAAAACCGCUACGAAAGCAAUCAGCUUUUGAUUUUUUCAACAAUCAUCCACCUAGUGUAAAUGUAGAGGAUUAUUUGAAGGAUAUUAGUGAUGGGGAUGGGGCGGAAUUGCCUCCGAAAAAGGAUGUCGAUUAUUCUGGUUUUAAGGAAAAGCCUCGGUUUGUUGAUUUUGAUGGGUUGGGUGAUUUGUAUAGCUUGAGUAAUGUUUCCAAAGAAGAGUCGGGGGCUUUGCUUGUGUGGAGCCAGAUGAGGGCAUUGUUAUCUCGAUCUGAUGCAUUGCCUGAGACUGCUCAGGGAAUCAAGGAGGCUGCUGUAGCUUGGAAAGAGCUGUUAUCGACAAUUAGAAAGGAUAAAGCGUUGAAUGUGUUGGACGAUAAGGAAGAUAAGGAUUGCCCUUACUCGGUUAGUCUGUUUAAUGCAACGUUAUCAAGGGAUGGGAGUAUUCUUGAAAUCCCCUGCGGUCUAAUUGAGGACUCGUCCAUUACGGUGAUUGGCAUACCUGACUCAGAAAAAGAAAGUUUCCAAAUUAAUCUUGUUGGUUCUCAGUUGCCUGAGGAUCCAAAGUCUCCUAUAGUUUUGCAUUAUAAUGUUGUUUUGCCGGGUGCAAACUUGACAAAGGAUCCCAUUAUCACUCAGAAUACAUGGACUAAUGCAUCUGGGUGGGGAAAGGAGGAGAAGUGCCCUGAUCAUGGCUUUUCUGACACACUAAAAGUGGAUGGACUUGCAAGAUGUAACACGAAAAUUAUCAGAAGCAAUAGGGAAGAUACUUCAAAUGCUAGUCUUCUGGAAAGUGUGAAAUUGACUAAUGCUUCAAAUGGGACAGCACAUGCAAGUGCCAAUUUUCCAUUUGUCGAAGGCUACCCAUUUACUGCAACAUUAUGGGUUGGUGUAGAAGGGUUUCACAUGACUGUAAAUGGAAGACAUGAGACAUCUUUUGCCUAUAGAGAGAAACUCGAGCCUUGGUUGGUUAAUGAAGUCAGGGUGGAGGGUAGCUUGGGCAUCAUAUCCACCCUAGCAAAAGGACUGCCGGUUUCUCAAGAUCCCGAUUUGGCUGAUAUUGAGCACCUCAAAGCUCCGCCAAUUAGUCUCAAGAAAAGACUCACACUGCUAAUUGGAGUUUUCUCGACGGGAAACAAUUUUGAGAGACGUAUGGCAUUAAGGAGAUCGUGGAUGCAGUAUGAAGCUGUGCGUUCAGGGCAAGUGGCGGUCCGCUUUUUCAUUGGUCUUCACAAAAGCAGGCAGGUCAAUUUUGAGCUUUGGAGAGAAGCUCAAAUAUAUGGAGAUGUUCAACUGAUGCCUUUUGUCGAUUACUACAGCCUGCUCAGUCUAAAAACCGUUGCAAUAUGCAUUCUCGGGGUGAAAAUCCUCCCUGCGAAAUAUAUCAUGAAAACGGAUGAUGAUGCUUUUGUAAGGAUAGAUGAAGUGCUGACAAGCCUCAAGGGAAAGGGCCCCGACGGUCUGUUGUAUGGUCGAGUAUCGUUUGAAUCUUCUCCCCACAGGGAUAAGGAAAACAAAUGGUACAUCAGCACCGAGGAAUGGCCUCAUUCCUCUUAUCCACCUUGGGCGCAUGGUCCAGGCUAUAUAAUUUCUCGGGAUAUAGCCAAGUUCAUUGUUCAGAGUCAUCAAGAAAGGAACCUCAUUCUUUUUAAGCUAGAAGACGUUGCAGUGGGCAUAUGGAUCAACGAGUUCAAACGGAAGGGUCACAAGGUGCGAUACAUAAACGAUGAUCGAUUCUACAAUGCUGGGUGUGACACGGACUACAUUCUUGCCCAUUACCAGAACCCGAGGAUGGUUCUCUGCCUGUGGGAGAAGCUGCAGAAAGAGCAUCAACCAAACUGCUGCGAGUAAUUAACCGAGCACUGUAAGCCAUAGCCCAGCUUCACUUUCCACAUUCUUUUGAUGAUCAUGUCAAGAUGUACACUGCUUUUUCUCUCUUUUUUACAUUGAUUAUUGCAGUUUUUUUGGCCUUAAGAUGCAUAUACAGUCUUGCUAACUUUGCUGA